AUCAUAGUUUUUGAAUGAAGUCCAAAAUACAAACAUGAAGAAAUCAAAGAGUUGCAACCAAAUUGAACACACAACAUGUGUGCAAUAACAAUACCGGUCCACAGUCACAUACACACACACACCAAACCAAUUGAUUUAGACCUUAAAUACUCAGACCACCGCUCUCUUAAACAAAGAAGAAAGAAACUUGUUCUCCAAGAAAAAUGGCUUCUUCUAUUCUCUUUGUCACUCUCUUAGUCUCCUUGUCUCCGAUCUUUCUUCAGCAGGUUCUCGCUCAAGUCCCAGGCACUACAGCUACAUGCUCCUCAAUGCUUCUUUCGUUGGCUCCAUGUGGUCCAUUCGUGCAAGGCUUUGUCCAGCUUCCGGCUCAGCCUUGUUGUGACGGCUUAAACCAGAUCUAUAGCCAACAACCAACUUGUCUCUGUCUCUUCCUCAACAAUACUUCUACUUUGUCCCCUGCUUUUCCAAUCAACCAAACUCUUGCUCUACAGUUGCCUCCGCUUUGCAACAUUCCAGCCAAUUCGUCGUCUUGCACUUCACCUGGAGGAGAGGCGCCUAGUGAUUCAUCCUCAGUUGCUCCACCACCUUCUAGCUCAACCGGUUCUCAAGUAUCUCCAGGUGCAAAGAACAACUCUGCGACCCCAGUGGCUCAACUGGCACCAAGACCCACCAGCUUAAUGGGGCUAGGUUAUGAUCUGAGAUCCUCUGGCUCCAAGUCUAAGAUUCAGCUAUUCAUCCUCGCACUCGCACCGAUCCUACCAGGAACUCUCCUCAUCUGAAUCUGUCUUGCAUAUUAGCUACAUUCACCUGUUUUGGGGUUUCUCUAUUAAUCAAGAUCAUCUUUCUUCUGUAUGUUAACGUUUGCAGUUAUUGAAAUGAAAUCAGAAAACAGAAGAAUGAAAUAACAACACUCUUGUUUAAUAGUCUCUUUGAUUCUGUAAUAUUAUUAACACAAGAAGCUCAUGAACAAUUUCCUUA